GGCAAGCGCACGUGUCCCAAAUCCCUUCCAGCUACUGGCCUGGCAUUUGCAAAAGGUAUAAAGAUACCGGUCACAUGGACACACUAAUCCCUUCAUGACCCUGCCACGCUGGCAAACCGACUGAGCCGUAGUCCACUUUGAGGCUAUUCUUUGUGCACCUUUGCAGUCAGGUAACGUAGGUCUCAUUUCAUUAUGGGGGAGCUGAGGUCAUCUUCACCGCUACCUCACUUGGAUCUGAACAACUUUGAAUCUGCUGAUGCAGAAAAGAGCAGGUACGUUUUAACAAGCCCCCGCUCCUUGGAGUCCUGUGCGCGACUUGGCAUCAAACCUGUUGAACUUCUGAUGAAAUCGCUGAUUGAUUUAUCGGCUGAGCGGUGUGACGUGCCUUUAGAGGGGGUGAAAAUAAUGCACGAAUCCUACGAAAAGGACAGAAGGAAGCUUUUGCAAAUGUGCCGAGAUGAGAGGGAGAGGAUUAUGCAGCAGGUUGACAGGUGGCCGAGCACUAAGCAAGUCUCAAGCCUGGAAACGAGACAUGACACCAAGCUGAAAGAUGACAUCGCUCAUGAGACAACUGAUCCUCUUCCAUAUGCACAUUUGUGUAUGCGGGACAGAUGUGCGAGUAAAACAUCCUGCUCUGCUGGGGGAGAGCCAGACAGGAACACAAUCUGCAGCCUAGGUGACCUCAGGCAUUCCCCAUCUAUCCGGAUGAAACUGAAGAGGCUAACUGAAGACAUCAGGAGGGAGAUGCGUGUCCCGAUAUCGCAGACAGACCGCAAGAUUGCAGCUCUCAUGCUGGUGAGGCACCACGAGGAGAUGGAUCGCCUCUGUCACAGGCAGCACAGGGACGAGGAGCGAGAGGAGGCCCGUAGGCAGGAGGAGGCCCGGCAGGCGCAGGUAGACAAAAGGACGACGAAGCAGCUGAUGCAAAGCGUGCAACGCUGGCACGAGGAGCUGGAGGCCCGCAGGGGACUCAGAGCACGUCGGGAAGAAGAGAGAGCUGUACAACUCAAAAGGGAGAUGAUGCUGCACGAGGAGCGCUGGAAGAGGCUGAAGGAGCAGGUGGAGGCGCAGCGUCGAGGGCAGAUGGCAGUUGCGCAGAAGGAUGCACAGGGGAGGAAAUGCUACCAAGAGAAAGUGCUGAGAGAAAUGGCUGAGGUGGACAAAAGUCAGCGAGACAAGGAAAGACAGAGGGCUGUGGAGAAGGAGCACAGAGCAAGGAGGAGCAAACUGCAGCUGGAGAAAGAGGGGAAGAAGCAUCUCCAGGAGGAAAACAGAAACGAGCUGCUGCGCCACAUCCUCCUAAAACAGCAAGUGGAGAAACAGCUGGAGGAUGAGGAGUCACGUUUAAGGGGGGCACUGGAAAGGAAGACGCGGCAUUCUUGUGAGAAACACGCCCGGGAUGUGGAGGCCCGGCUGCUGGAGCUCCAGGAGCAGGCGGCUCGGGAGGAGAAGCGGAUUCUAAGAGCGCAACUCAGGGCCAAGCUGCAGAGCAUCCAGCAGCUCACGCACAAGCACCUCCUGGUCAAGCUGAGUCAGCAGCGCACGCAGAGAGCCGCCGAGCACACGUCAGCCCGGCAAAGGAAGAGAGCCCAGCAGACACGUCAGCACAACAAACACAGGCAGCUGCGUCACCGGCGAAAACGAGAGAGCAAUCAGAGAGAGGAGGCGGCGUUGAAGAUGGUUAGGGAAAGCAGCGUCGCCAUGAAGGAACGGAGGUGCGAGAGGCUGCUUCGAGAGCGGGAACGCAAACAACAGGAGGCGCACAAGCAGGCCCUGGCGUCGUUUCACUUCAGGGAGCGAGUGAGGCAGCAGACUCAAAGUCGCUCUUUUGCGCAGAUGGCUCAGGAAGCCCAGCUGGCCGCCUCCAUCGGCCGCAUGAACCUUUGAAACAGCAACAACACCAAUCAGAAGAUCUUCCCACAAGCCUGCGCUUGAACUUCGCAGUGCACGGUGAGAUCUUGGAUGAGUUGGCUGUGGAAGAACCUCAACGGCCUCUCCAACGCGGAUUCCCGCAUGCUCUUCCUCUGGAUGGCAGAAGGUGUGGCCUGCCAAGUUCUUCUCAGUCAUCAUGAAGCCCCAGAGCCAGAAGCACGGGAAGCCCCACCCCGAGAACAAGAGUCAAGCUCUCCUGAAGGCCUAAGUGGCUCUGCUGCUGGAGGUGAUCAGAGUCUUGGCCCGCACGUCCAUGACUAUGACUGCUGAUGAUGUCAGGAAGAACGUGCACCGUGGCCACGAAGAGGAAACUCCCGGCCGAGAAGAGCAUUCCGACACCAGUUGCAGCGAGCUGGUUCUGAGAUGACAUGCAAGACUGCAGACACAAACACAUUCCCGAUCAGUGUAGCAGUCUACUAUAGGAUGACUAGUUUGUGCGGUCUUACUGCGUGUAGUAUGAAGUAAGUGGUGAUAGCAACAAUUGGUGCUGCAGCUGAAAAGGCCAACAGAUAUCCCUGGAUGGACCUAUUUUCCAGUCCCGCAUGCAUCAGAAAGGCAACCAAACCAAAAGCUGCCGGAACCUGGCAGACAAGGGGGAAAUAGUUUCAGACUGGAUUUACACUUUUGUCUUUCAAGUGACACAAUUCUGAAUUUUGGGGUGGCUCCAGUGGCACACUUCGGAUAUGUCAGCGUAAAUACAAAAACUAUGAACUUAAGCGGAAAUCUUCAAGUCAGAAUUGGGCCUCUUCCAAAUGUGCUCUGCUCAAACACAAAUACACAUAUACAGUGAACCCCUGUGUAUUUGUGGUUUGCUGUACCCAAAUUCUAUUUGCCGUUUUUUUUUUUCUUCUGUGGAACCUACCUCAGCUAUUCGCUCAACUGGUUUUUGUGCUCUUUCAGUACCACCCUAAGAUGCCACAAUUACUAGGAAAGUAGCCAUUAGUGUCAAAGAAGUAUGCUGUAGUGAUCCAACAACAUCUUUCUAGGUCGAGGAAGCAGGGUUGUUAGUUGUUACGGGGAGAUUUUGCCCUGCUGAGUGGUUAUUAAAAAGUCUGAAGCACCAUGAAAGGUGAUGUUUUAAGAUGAGUUUGAAAUGACAUAAAAAUGUUUUGGGAUAAUUGUGGCAUAUUUAAAUUAUGAAUGUUAACAUUUUGGGGGGCGUGUCAAUUACUCAAGGUUUUUCGCAGCAGGGCUCAGUGCCUAACCACUGCGAAGGGCAUGAUUUACAGCGAACACUUUGAAACACCCGCUGUAAAACUAAACUACAGCAAAAGCAUUGAAUAUGGUUUAAAUAUGCUACAUUGGAGGUGUGUCAAUCAUGAAAUAACCUAAACAAUUUCCAACUGCAGCCAGUGGAGUAAUGUGGAGGUUAUCUUAAUUUAAUCGGAGGGACCAGCCCAGGUCAACUAAACUGGGUUAAAUCCAUGUUGUCACUCCCCAGUGUUGACGCUUAUGGAAUAUUUCACAUGCAAUUUGGGCAACAGCGCAAAGUUGGUUUCAUGUGGUCUGUCUGUGUAAACAGUCAUAUCAGAUUUGUGUCACUUGAAAUGUACAUGGAAAUAAGACAGUAAGUCAAAGAAACUGUACACACACAUCUUGGACCUGCAGUGUAAACGCAGCAUUGUGCGCUGCUUCAUCAGUGUUCUAUGUUAUUCUGCAUUCCAGAAACCUGGGGUGUUGUAAAUUUACAACCUCUGACAAGGAACUUCCUAGUCACAAUCUCAAGGCAAGUUAAUAUGCAUCGACUGCCACGUGAUGCAGUAAUGUGACGCCACCUGAACAAUGGAAAGGUGUUGUCUGCAUCAAGUUAUUUGGUAACAUGAUCAAAGUUACCCAUAAAAAAAGAAAUCUGGUUUUACUUCUUUCCACAAACAAAGCAAACAGACCGUUGUUGUCACCACCCAUGUUUUUUGUGUAACCUUUCAGCGGAACAUUUUAAAGGUUGACCUUGUGAGCUCCAAGUGGGGUUAUUUCCAAUUUCGCACCAGUCUUGAAUGCAGCAUAAUUCCGUCAUCGCAAUAUUCUCACCUUGUGUAGAAUCACCGCUAAAAACACGAGGAUUUGCACUGUCAUCUGGCCUGUGGCUACCACUGCACCCAGCGCGAAUCCGUCAGCUGUUUGCAAAGCGAAACACAAAGAGCUCACAAAAAGUAUAGCAUCCAAAGACAACAUUCCGUUUGUUUACUUACUACACACAGACAAAGACAAUCGGCCUUUCUUGGAGAUUUUGUCCCGACCCGACCAAUCAUGUGAUUACCCGAUAAGAUUGUCCUUAGGUCUGAUGUGUGUGUACUGUUAAGAGUGGAUUCGUCCCGACUUUAGGGUCCAAAACAGGUCGGCACCGACUAUCUUCAUGAACAUGUUCAAUAUUCAUGACAAAAAGUCAAAAAAGACAUUUGUGGGCGAGAGCCAACUUCUCCCGAGUCAUAACGCCUGGAAUUGUGACAAUUAAGAAGCACCCUGACUUGGUCGAUUUUGGUCACACGCUGCAAAAACGUUUCAAUAGGAAUACAACCACUAACUGUCACCCGCGGCUAAGUCACCACCCACUUACAUGGAGGUUAAAAAUGAAUAAAAUUGUAAAAAGAAAAAAAAUGGAUUGUUCAAAGGUAGCAUUUGAAAACAGAGUAUGCAUGCUGUAUCAUGUUUCGAAGCAUAACACAUGCUUAUUACAGUUUCACAGUGCCAGCAUGACAAAUUGGUAUGUAUGUUGGAAUGCACCGCCCAUACACUAACAGUCUCGAAGUGAUAAUUACAGUAAAUAUGUUUAACACACUUUUAGGCAUUAUACCAAAAAAUAAAUCAAUAAAUCAUCAAAUGAAAAACAGUUAAGUACCUUGGUAACCGACUAGCUCCGUUUUCUAAACUAGUUCAAUUGUGCGCCGUUCAUGAUGUCAAAACGUCGUACGGCGCCGCUGUCGUAAACUAAUGACCGCUUUUGGGUCCCAACCCACUAGUCUUGAGAAUCACUGCUCUCGGACAGGGCUUUAAAUUAAAAAAGUGAGAAAAAGUGUGCACAUUGCUUUGAGGAUGGCCUCCUGUACUGAAAUGCGUUGUGCGCUGUGGCCCAACACACGCUAACAGAAAUGGAGUUGAUAUUACUAUUACUGUACCUGCGGCAUGAAUAACCAGCCCCAGCGUGGCUGUGAUGGCGCCCCUGUUAGGAGUCGUUUGUCCUGAAAUUACAAGAAGCAUUCAACACCCGUGUCGUGACGGCUGAGGUAUUACGAGGUGGAUUUAGUUUGAGUUCGUCCCGACUGAAGGCCCAAACCCAGAUGCGCUGCCCGCCACUGGAUUCUGCCAAAUGUAUGUAAAUGCAAUGUCCACUCACCACACAGGGAGAGGUAACUCCCCAGCUGAUCCACCACAAACAUGAAGGCAAAGCCCAACGUCAAAGCCACGCCGAUCCACAGCUGAGGCGAGGGGGCUCUUUCUGUGGAGGUUGCGUUCACUGCAAAUAAAGAAGCUGCGAGGAGACAAGGAUCCACAAAUAAGGCCACACACACAUUCGUGAGAACAGAAUAUACCUUUAUGAUAUGAUGGUGACCAUUCCGGUGUGUCCAGGACGCUUGCAAUAAGCCCACUCCUUCGGGGAUGGUGAUGGCGAGGGCUGUUCCACACAACAAGCCUGCACCCAGGAUGGAGACGAAGUGCACGAUUCUCUACAACACGCACACGCCUAAUUUUAACUUGAGAGCUACAACUGAAACUGCACAUUUCGACCGUCAAAUGGCCAUAUAGGGACACAAGUAGCAGCACAUUUGUUUUGAUUCCGAAUGAGCAGAAAAAAAUACGGGAAAACGUCACUCUCUGUUUGUACAGCAACGGGCUUACCUCCGAAAAUCGGAACAACAGAGGGAUGAAUCCGAGCAGGAAACAACCGACAAACAUUGCUAUUGAUAGUGGAGUAAUGCUCAAACCAGCGUCCAUUUCGACGUUGUUGUUGUUGUUUUUUGUUGUUGUUGUUUUUUAACUCACGAGUGGUGUCGUUUGCUUCCGUGCGUGAUCGUCCCGCUGCUACUUGGACUACUGAGCAGCAGCAGCAGCGGCAGGCGAAGAGAACGAAGAAAAAGGCCACGCAGCCGCAGUUCUUUGAACUAUUUGGAGAACACAAAGCAAACAGGUUUCAAAUCGGAAUGUGGUCCUUGCAUGUUCUCUUUUUUUUCCCGCCUAUCGUCCCAAAGAAAACUGUUACAUUACGCUCAUGUGUUGCAUGAAGCAUAAUUAUGCACGAUCCACCCAUCUUCUCACUCAGAAUCAGAAUCAUCUUUAUUUGCCAAGUAUGUCCAAAAAAACACACAAGGAAUUCGUCUCCGGUAGUUGGAGCCGCUCUAGUACGACAACAGACAGUCAAUUGACAGAGAACACUUUGGAGACAUAAAGACUUUGACAAAAAAACAGUCACUGAGCAAUCAAGCUUUAAUAGUUUUCUGGUAAU